AUGCUACGUGUAACAGCACCAACACUCCCACGUAGUCUGGUCCUCUCGCAGUGCCUUAGGAGGCCGUUGACCAUAUCUUCUUUGGCAAGCUUCCAGCCCAAGACGACGACCCAGGUCGUCGUCAUCGGUGCUGGCCAUGCAGGCUGCGAAGCUGCAGCUGCCUCAUCCAGGGCUGGGGCCCACACUACCCUCAUCACGCCAUCGCUGACGGCAAUCGGUACGUGUUCGUGCAACCCUUCCAUUGGUGGGGUAGGCAAGGGCAUCCUGGUGAAGGAGAUCGACGCUCUCGAUGGGCUGAUGGGUAAAGUCACUGACCUGGCUGGCGUCCAGUUCAAGAUGCUCAACAGAAGCAAGGGCCCUGCUGUGUGGGGCCCCAGGGCUCAGAUAGACAGAGAGCUGUACAAGACCUACAUGCAAAGGGAGCUCCUUAACAAAGAAGCGCAUCCAAACUUAACUUUGUUGCAGAACAAGGUCGCUGACCUGGUUCUGUACGACCCUGGCACUGGCCACAAAGUUAUCAAAGGUGUGGUCUUGGAUGACGGCACCCUGGUGGGAGCCGACCAGGUUGUGAUCACCACGGGUACGUUCUUGAGUGCAGAGAUUCAUAUUGGUAACAAGCGUAUCCCCGCUGGCAGAAUUGGCGAACAGCCCACUUAUGGCAUCAGCAAUACGCUGCAAAACGAAGCAGGGUUCCAGCUGGGACGACUCAAGACUGGGACCCCGGCCAGACUGGUUAAAGAAUCCAUCGACUUCAGCGCCCUGGAGAUCCAAAAGGGCGACGCCGUGCCCAUCCCCAUGAGCUUUAUGAACGAGACCGUCUUGGUAGAGCCCUCCAAGCAACUGGAUUGCUUCGGCACCCAAACCACGCCACAAAUGCACGACUUCUUGCGCGACAACCUGCAUCAAUCUGUCCACAUCCAGGAUACUACUAUCAAGGGCCCGCGCUACUGCCCCUCCAUCGAGGCCAAGAUCGUAAGGUUCCCGGACAGAUCCACCCAUAAGAUAUGGCUCGAACCCGAGGGAUUCGACUCUCACGUCAUAUACCCUAAUGGGAUAUCCAACUCCAUGCCAGAGGAUGUCCAGCUACAAAUGAUGAGGCUUAUCCCCGGCCUAGAAAAUGUCGAGAUCUUACAACCAGCAUACGGCGUGGAAUACGACUACGUAGACCCGAGGCAGUUGAAACCCAGUUUGGAGACAAAACUGGUCGAGGGACUGUUCUUGGCGGGGCAGAUAAAUGGUACAACGGGCUACGAAGAAGCCGCUGCACAGGGGAUCAUCGCAGGUAUUAAUGCAGGUUUAUCGUCGCGACCAUCAUCUCCACCGCGGGAGCAGUUGAUCCUACAGAGGUCCCAGGCGUACAUCGGUGUGCUCGUCGACGAUUUGAUCAAUAACGGCGUCAUUGAACCAUACAGAAUGUUCACUUCAAGAUCUGAAUUUAGAAUUAGUGUGAGGGCCGACAAUGCGGACUUCAGACUGACACCUCUGGCAGCCCAACUGGGAAUUGUUUCGCCAGCUCGCCUGAGCCAACACUCUAGGGAUAGGCAGCUUUACGACGAGACCAUUCGUGUGCUGCAAAACUUCAAACUAAGCUCACAAAAAUGGUCCAGCCUACUGCAUACCAAUAUCGCCCCGCAGGCUGAGAACAGAUCUGCAUGGGAGCUAUUUAGAUUCAAAGGUAUGGAUCUACACAAGCUAUGCGAAUGUGUUCCAGAACUUCCCAUUGACGUUCAAGCCAUCCCAGCACACAUUGCCACCAAGAUCAACGUCCAGGGCAAGUACGAGCCUUACAUAGUUAAGCAGAAUCAGUUCGUGAAGGCCUUCCAAGCAGAUGAGAACAUGCUGCUGCCGCAAGACUACGAUUAUUGCCAGAUCCCCACACUUUCCACCGAAUGCAAACUGCUCUUGAACCGUGUCCGGCCAUUAACCAUAGGCCAGGCGAGACGGAUACAGGGGAUCACCGCAGCUGCCCUAUUCGAACUCUACCGUGUGGCCCGUAAAUCGGUUGUCCAGCCAUCUAAAUAA